UCCAAGGCAGCGAGUACACAGACCCUCUCAAAUUGAGAAAGAACCCUAGCAAUCACCUCUCUCUUCUUUGCCUCAAAGCCAUGGCUUGUGACAAGAGUUUCUGCAGCAACCACUUGCUGUUGAGCCCAGAGAAAGCCGGUGUCAUCGAUCUCUUGCGCAUUCUGAUCUACAGCGAUGUGCACAAAAGGGAAUUCGUGGACUCCUCCGAGGAAGGAGAGGAGAGCUUUGAGCGAAGGUGGAUCAUGUUUGUAUCCAUUCUUGCGCAGAAGCUUCUGCUUCUUGUGGCCAAACCCCUGUCUUUGAUCGGGUCGGUGAUUGAGUUUUGGUUGAAUUUCUUGUCGAGCAAUCGGAACUUUGGAAGGCUUCUUGUCAACUGCUUUCGAGGGAAAGUAAUGCCGGACAGAGAGUCUGCGAGCUAUAUAUCCAUCGUUGGCUAUUUGGACAAGAGAGUGGAACUGGACAACCGCAUCAGGCCUGGGGACAGUGAGUACCAUGCGGCUCUCUCCAUGAUGGCUUCGAAAGCAUCUUAUGAGAACAAGGCCUACCUUCAAACAACGAUCACCCACCACUGGCAGAUGGAUUUCUUGGGGUCCUACAACUUUUGGAAUGAUUAUCAAAGGAAAGUAACCACACAGGCCUUCAUGCUACGGGACCGCGACACCAUCAUGGUCGCCUUCCGAGGCACGGAACCUUUCAAUGCGGCCGAUUGGUGCAUGGACUUUGACCUCUCACGGUACGAGUUACCAGGAGUUGGGAAUAUCCAUGGCGGGUUCAUGAAAGCUCUAGGCCUCCAGAAGACCCUAGGUUGGCCGAAAGAGCUUGACCCACUUCUCAAAACCCCCGCGCCGUUCGCUUACUAUGCCAUAAGGGAGAAACUAAGGUCAUUGCUUGGCGAGAACGACAAAGUGAAAUAUGUGUUGACCGGCCACAGCUUGGGAGGUGCGUUGGCGAUACUCUUCCCAGCGAUCUUGGCCAUUCACGGGGAGACGUGGCUGAUGGAGAGAUUGGAGGGGGUCUACACCUUUGGUCAACCUAGGGUUGGAGAUGACAAGUUUGGGGAGUUCAUGGAGAGGGUCUUGAAAGAACAUCGGAUUGCGUACUUUCGAUUCGUUUAUUCCAAUGACAUUGUGCCUAGGUUGCCUUUCGAUGAUUCAGCUUCCAUGUUCACGCACUUUGGGCGUUGUUGCUAUUUCAAUAGCAAAUAUGAAGGGAAUGUCAUCCCAGAAGAACCGAACAAGAACUACUUCUCGCCUCUACAAGUGAUACCGAUGAUGAUGAAUGCGUGGUAUGAGCUCAUGAGAAGCUUUAUGAUUGCUUGGGAGAAGGGACCAAGCUACAAAGAAGGAUUGUUGUUGAGGAUUUUUAGAGUGAUUGGCCUGCUGAUUCCAGGAAUACCUGCUCAUAUUCCUCAGGAUUAUGUAAAUUCUACAAGAUUAGGAGGGUCGCAGCUAUUCCUACACCAACAAUGACUAAGAAUAGUUAUAGCUUUAUACAAUAUGAUAUUGCCUCCUAAGAUUGGAUCACCAAGAUUCAAUUGUGUUGUAAGAAAAUGAUAGAAAUUAAAACACAACUAUGCGGCCGAGAGUCGAUCCCACUCCACAUGUAUGUUGUUUCUGCAUUUCCUAAUAGUUUAAUCUUCUAGAGAAAAUCACCUAUUUGGCAAUAUACGAUAUUAAAUUAUGUGUCCAUGAGGUCAUAUUGUAGCAUGACAUCUCAUUUUUAUCCAAUUGCAUAUUGGGUGAGUGAAAGAGAUGUCACCUAUAUAUAAAAUUUUCGACUUUUAGUAAUAUAAAAAUAUUUUGAACCAAGGGGGCUGAGCCCCCAGUAGCCUCCGUCAGGUGUGCCAUUG